AUGUCGAGCCUACUCCUCCGCAUCCGCGAGGAGGUAGAAGAAGGAGGAAGCGGCGGCGGCAUGACCUUACCACUUGUCCUCGCCAUCGCCAUAGGAGGCGGCGUCCUUCUCUUCAUAUGCCUCGCCUUCUUCCUCAUCGCACUGGCAGGCCGCCGCCACCGAGCCCGCGCCCGAGCCCGAUCACCGACGCCCAGGACAAGACUCGACCUCGACUCGGACGGCGGCUCAAUCCACACGCCCAGCCCGCGUCCGCGGCGCCUCACCAAGCCGAAGCCGGGCGAGCUGUACGCCGACAUGGUCGAGGUCCAGGGGAAACAGCCUUCCCACCGCUCGCUCUCGUCCAUCAUCAGCGUGCCGAGGAGCAAGAGCUGGAGCGUCUUCAGCAGUACGCCUGCGGGAGGUGCUGGCGGGCAGCAGCGUGGAGGUCAUCUGCGGAGAAAUAAUAGCUGGAUUGAUGAGGAUGCGAUUCACGGGCCCAGGGUGCAGAGUGAUGGUCGGCGGCUGAGUAUCCGUGACAGCUUCAUCCUCCGUACGCCGACGUUGCCGGAUUUGUUUGGACACAAAGGGGAGUCGGAUGGGCAUUUUGAGGACGACUUUGCGAAUUACCCCAUCGAACAGUCUCGGCCGGUCAGUAUGCCGGCACAGCGUGGCCAGCCUUUGCGGAUGCCGUUGCCGAGGACAGCUUCCUAUGAGCUGGCCGAGAAAUUGGCUGCGGCAGCAAGGGGCGGACCGCCCGUACUUCCAAGCCCACAGGGACCAGGACCUCGACCAGUGCCAUUACAGCGACUGCGGCACAAGACGACGGAGUCGGACCUUGCUGAGAUAUUGCGUUCCACGGAAGAGAGGCUACAGCUCGGAACGCCAACCAACAGCCGGCCGGCCACACGACAGAGGGCUGCAUCGGCAUCAGCUGGGUCCAGUGUACAGACUCCGCGCGGGUCACCGACAAAGUCAAAUUCCCCGAUAAAGGCCCAGUCACCGGUCAAGAUCCCAUCACCAGUUAAGAAUCAGUCUCCCGUCCGAUCACGAUCCCCAACAAAGACACAGGUCUUGAACCACGUCGGUCAAGCGUUGGAUCUCAAUGCCCAGCGAGCUCGAACUCCUAGUCCAUCGAAGCGAAUGGUUGUCCCGAUGCUUGCCCAGACUCCGAACCACCACAAGAGGAACACUUCGCAGUCUUCUGCUGUCUCAGAUGCAGACAGCUUAUUUGGCGAAACAACCCCGGAAGUCGAACACAUCCUCCCCACAGGGCUGUCGAGCCCCAGCAGACGAUCCGAGCACGAGUCGCCAACCAAGCCCGCCAACAACGGCGAAUCAAUAGAAUCUCCCGGCAGCGAUGCCUCGUCGUCCCUGUCGACCUUGUACAGUGUUAACGAACCCGAGGAUGAUAGCAAGACUGGCGGAACCGGACACACCGGACACUUAGACAGCACCCCUCGCGACAGGAAACCCAGGAGCCUUGUCGUCGAUACUCAGAUAUGCGACCCAUUCAUCACGCCGGGCCCGCCAGAAGUACCCUCAAGGAGUCCCAAGCGCCAGUCAUCCAGCUUGCCGCCUCUCCGACGCCUUACGCCACCCGAAGAGGAAAUCCUGAACCGCACACCUACGAAAGUGACGCCUGUUGCCAACUCUCCUGUACCAAGACCGUUGGACGUCAUCAAGCGCAGCAGCACGGCCGAUCAACUCCAGACGCGGUAUUCCAUCAUGAUGCAACCAUCCGACCUGGCAGCAUCGCCCGAGACCAUACGCCCAAAGAGGGUCAUGUCGAUGAAGCCCACUUUCCUCGUCUCGAGUAACAGCGUCGUGAGCAUGAGGGCAAGUCCUGGCACGUCUCCCGAGGACAAUGGCAGCCGGCCAGCAAUGCCGAAUGACAUGUUGACGUUUGGUCCAAAGGCACCUGUCUUCCCACCGCCCUUGAACUUGAAAGCUGGCCCGGGAUCGCCAAACCGAGAGGCCCUGGUUAUGGGCAGCCCAGACAGGAGAAUACGACGAUCGGUCGACACCACUGCGUCUGCGUCUCCGGUUCCUGGCUCGCCUACCCGAAGGCCGCUGCCGAGUCCCGACCUGUCAAAGGGGGGAUCUCCCACACCGAGGCGAUACAAACGUGGUAUGGCCAGUCCUAUCCGCGACCGCGCGUUGUCGAGACAGCCUACACCCAGAGAGUCCCGCGUCGAGCGCGUCCUCUCGAGCUCCGAUUGCCCUUCGAUUGUGCUGAAGCCCUCCAGUUCCCCUAAGCGGAACUCAUACCACCGCGACUUCGCGGUAAUGGGACUCCAGUCUACUGUGGCCCAGCUUCGACGUAUGAACAGCCAAAUGAGCACCUUUAGCGCCGGCUCAUCCAUCUCGGAUCCUGACAGUCCAACACUACCAAAUUUGAGAGGAGGCGGGUUCAGCCCCGACAGGAGCAACAGCCGCGUAAGCAAAAUGGGUCGACAAAACUACUUGUCUCUAGGCACGAGCCCAGGCUCAGCGAAGCGGACCAAGUCCAUCAAAUCGGCCAGAAACUCAAUCGCUGUUCUCAAGAGUCGACCAGGGGGUAACAAACAUCUCGAUUCGCUACGCGCAGCAGUUGAGGAGAAGGAAAACGAGAGAAGAAACGGUUCUCUGAUUCGAGGACCUCGGCCGCUUAACCCAACACCUAGGAGUGCCGGAAGAGGGGUGGCUAGAGACAGCGUGGUAACGGUGGAAAGUCCCACUCGGAGAAGAGUCUCCAAUAUCGAUGCCAGGGACCAGAAGCAUCUGGAGAGGCCGAUUAAGCAUCAAGACAGUGACAGCCUCACUGCAGGGGCAGAGAGACAGAGCCCAAACAUGAGGGUUUAA